CUUUUUUUAUUUUAUUUUUUUUCCAAUAAAUGGCGUCGUCUGUCUCUUUACCCCUAGUUGUAUGGCAUAACUUCUCAAAUCCAAAUAUUACUUGUAUAACAUCUAGCUCUUCGCAAAUUUACGCAGGGCAUAAGGAUGGUCAUAUCUGGGUUUAUUCAAUAAUAAAGCAAAACAACAGUUACAGUCUUCAACAUAAAACUUUAUUAGUAGGCCAUAAAUCUGCUAUUGUUGCUUUAUGCAUACUAAAAAGUGGAUCAGACUCUUCUAUAUUCAAUACCGAAAACGUCUUGAUCAGUGCUUCUGAAGAUGGUGAAAUUGCUCGUUGGAAUGCUUCUGACGGGCGUUGUCAAGCAGUAAAUCCAAACGGCUUUUACGGCGUUCCUCACGCUUUAAAAGUGUUUACACACUUUUCAGAUAAACAUAUUUUUUGUUGUGGACAGGCAAAUGAGAUAACGAUUUUACAUGCAACAACACUAGAAGUAGUAAGGGUUUGGGGUGGCCAUUCAAAUUGGGUAACAUGCAUGGAUUUCUUCGACUCAGAUAAGAAUCGUUGGAAACUGUUAUCUAUGACAAUUGAUGGCAAAUUGGAUAUCUGGGAUUUUGAUGUUUCAAAACAUAUUAUUUAUAAAGAUCAAGCGCAUACCAACAGUUCCUUACAGCUCAAUGAUACUACCAUCUUCGAUCUGAUUGGAAACAAGUAUAUGCUUGGUUUAUAUAUGACUAUUACAUGCGAAAAUGUCAUGAUAGUGAGGGUAGAAAACACAAAAUCUGUCCCGAAAGUUGUUAUACCAGUUGAAUUAGGCACUGCAUGGGCAGGUGGUCUAUUCGUAGAAAAGGAUAGAUUUGUGAUAUGGACAACUAGCGGAAAAUUGUUCGAUUACAGUUUGGAUCUUUUAGAGAAAGACAAAACAAAAAAGAGCCCGGUGAUGGAAGAAGAUCAAAUGAUGUUGACAGCGAGACUAAACUUUACCUACAGUCUUAAAAAUGAUACCGAUAUGGUAAACAAUACAAUAGUUACUUUGUUAACAGACAUUACUGAAGAGGAUCAGCUCUUGGCUUUGACCAUUUCAAAUCAUCCCACAUCGACCGGAUUCAGUAUAUUAGCAUUGUCCCCACCUGCAAAGGGCUCAGGUGUAAAGGAAACACAAUAUGACAUAGACAGACACUUUUGUGAUAUUUGGCCGAUUGUUGAGAAAGGGGACCCAGCAUUUAAAAACAUAACUGUUACUGCGCCGGUCAAUACGAAUCACCUAGCUAUAGGGUUUGAAUCUGGAACUAUAUGCGUAGUGCCAUUAUCGGUUGCGCUUUUACACUUGACGGACGUUUCUGCUUAUGUUAAGAACCGAGAGGAUGUCCGCCUAUUUAAAAACGCCCAUCACAGCGCAAUCACAUGUAUGGCUGUACCCGAACAUCAUAUGUCAGAUCAACAAUAUCUUGUCUCUGGAGGUAAAGACGGUAUGGUCAAGAUAUGGAAUCUCUUGGACGGGAAAUAUGUCACGUCUUGUGCAGUUCACUCUGUCCCAGUGGAGAUGCUUAUUGAGCCAGCUGAGCGGAAGGAUUCUCGAGUGAGAGGGUGCAUUGUGUCUAUUGGAAAAGACAAUUCCAUGGCUGUUAUAUCAGUAGACUCAAUGACAUGUUUAUAUAUGUUUCCGGGUAAUCCAUAUCCGCUUAAAGCCAUACAAUGGAGAACAUUGGAAGAUUAUCUGAUUUUAGGCUACGAGAAUGGCACAGCUUAUGUUUGGCAGAUGCAAACGGCACAUUUGGAUCGCGUUUUACAUGAGAAAAAUGCACAGAAUGUACUUGACGAUGAUCGCUGGCCUACAAAUCAUCUAACACCUUCUGCUACACAGCGAAUAGGUACAAUUAAUUCAAAACAAACAGCAACUGUCAGACCUAUAACAUCUAAUGAUAAUGCGUUACACACCUCGACAAGCUUUGCACAAGUGUUUACUUUUAAUAUUCGUCGUCUUAUACAUGAUCUCUUUACUCGUGUCACAAUAAUGAACCAAGGAGUCUCUAAUCAGCAUCAAGAUAGCUCAAUGCACCCUAUAUUGAAGGCAUCGAUAUCAUCAUCCUCGUUUGAUCAAGUUGUGCCUGAUAUACUCACAUUCAAACCUGAUAAAGACGACCCUUUGGACCUAUCGGAAGAGAACCAACAUCUGAAUACAAGCAAUACAGACAACACUUCUAGAAAAUCUGAAGAAGCAAGAGUUAAACGAAUCGAGCUCAUUACUGCUAUUUUAUCAAUUAUUGCGUCUUGGAAUAUCAGUGAAGGAUUAGAAGAGAUGUGCUUUAAAUACCUUACCAUAAAUGAAGAUAUAAAGCCUAACAUCAGUUUUGGUUUAAAGGGAGCAAACGGCAAUCUUUCCAUCAUGGCACCAUUAAAAAAUGAACGCAUUGCUUGGACAAUAUCACCUUCUAUGACCGCUACCAGAUUAUUGUCUAUUGCUUUAUUGGCAAAGACUGUUAUUUUUAUGGCGCGACAAGAAAAUAGAAGCUCUGAUUUCAUAUCCGGUUACGCCAUGGCUUUGCCUUUGGUUAUAGGUGAAUCUUAUUGUUUCCCUUCGUUGUCAAUGCUUAGUAAAUACUGGCAAGAUCCUUCGGCAAGAUCAUUAUUUUCAAGCGCUAUCUCAGGUUUAUCGGAGGAUGACAUUGAAAAGCUGGUAGAUUAUUGGGAAGCAUUCUUACCGACCUCUAGUUCUCCUGAGAGUAGUGGUGCGCAAAUGAUGUCUCGGGCAUCCAUAGUACUAGGCAUUAUGGGAUGCGACCAGCCUCAUACACUGAACCCACGGGUACGUAAAUCAACGGCUCUAAGUCUGACGAUUUUGUUAUCUGACGCAGAAUUAGACGACCCUUCCUAUCAUGCAUCUAACAACACCGGUCUUACCUUGUCUACAAGUUCAAUGGCUCGAACAUUAUCAUCCAUGGAGUUACUGAGUCAAGGGUUCCAAACGUGGGAGACUUAUAUCAAUGCGGCUGAAGUUCUAAGGACACUCUUCAUGUAUGCUACAGAUCCACAUCCGGUAAUGGCUAUGAUAAGCCGGGGUGCAAAGAAAGCCAUUUUUCGAAUAUCGGCUGCCAAUAUGCCCGUUGUCAUCAAUACACUUACAAUGGAUACGAUGACUGCAAAAUCAAUGGACGAUCGUUUAAGAUGUUUGAAACUUAUUAGCAUAUUUAUUCGCAAAGAGCCUAUUUUGUUGUAUACUUAUAUUCAUAGUGUGGUGGAGGCUGUGAUCUCUACAUUGGACCCUAAUAUACCGCAUUUGAGGGAUUUUAUGCUAACGUCGGCGACAUCUGUAUUACACGAUCUAGUUAAAAUAUACCCUUCUGUUGACUUCAGUGCAGCUGCACAAAAGUUAGCAGUUGGUACAUUGGAAGGUGCUUCGGUCAUUUACGAUGUACGUACUGCCACUCGAUCUGUUGUUCUUGAAGGCCAUCUAGGGCCAGUAUCUGUUUUGGCGUUUUCCCCAGAUGCGAAAUUGAUAGCCACAUGCUCACUAGCAGAUCAAAGUGUGCGCUUAUGGCAUACAAAUUUGAGUCUGUUUGGCAUGUUAACUAGUAGUCUAUCUCAAGGGUUGAGUUCCAGCAGUCAGAAAAAGAGCCACAUCGAUAAUGAAAACAGUUCCACUGUGAAGGAUGUAAACACUUCUUCCGGAGUUCAUAAGCCAUUCAAAAUCUUCUCAUUUGCCAUGCCUAAUAAUUCACUUGAUCCAAUGGAAAUCAUUCAUCAAGUCAGCUUUGACUGGAUAUCUUCUAAGUGUGUAAAGUUACACGUUCAAGAUCUAGUGAUGAGUUUUAAUGUUUAAACAACUCGGGAUCUACCUGAGCUUCUUAAAGCGAUAGAAUUUAAUGAUACUGAGAAAAAACCAAUCGUUAUAUGAAUAACAAAUGAUAUAUCUCACAAUCCGAGUCGUAACAAUUGGUGAACAUUAGUUACUUGUAUGUUUCAUAUUAGUUUAUGUAUAAGCUACCAUAAUAGAGAACAUUAUAUUGCUUUGAAGAAACUAUUUGCCUUCAUUAUAACUGUUUCUCAAAGAAAACUCAAAUUAUUGCAUUUGAGAGCCAUACUUUUACUCUAAAUUAAACGGUAAUACUUCAUUUGUACUGUAGCCCGAAAGAUUGACAGGAACAAGAUGAAGAGGUCAAGUCAAUGAGUAUAUUAAAAAUUCUUACUUCAACC